UUCAAUUCCGAAUCCGGCUCAGAUCACAAAUCCGUUUCCGAUUUCAAAUACGGCUCUGAUCACAAAUCUGGUUUCGAUUCAGAUUUUGAUUCUUAUUCCGUGUUCGGCUCUGAUUCCAAAUCCGGUGCUGAUUUCAAAUCCAGAUCGGAUCGCGAAUUCGGUUCUAAUUCAGAUUUUGAUUCUGUUUCCAAAUCGGAUCACAAAUACGGUUUCGAUUACGAAUCCGGCUCUGAUUACAAAUCCGGUUCCGAGUCAGAUUUUGAUUCUGAUUCCGAGUCCGGCUCUGAUCCCAAAUCCGGUGCUGAUUUCAAGUCCAGAUCGGAUUGCAAAUCCGUUUCUGAGUCAGAUUUUGAUUCUGAUUCCAAUUCCGGCUCUUAUCUUAAAUCCUGUUAUGAUUUCAAGUUUAGUUCGGAUCACAAUUCCGGUUUUGAUUCCAAAUCCGGAUUUGAUCACAAAUCCGUUUCCGAUUUCAAAUACGGCUCUGAUCACAAAUCUGGUUUCGAUUCAGAUUUUGAUUCUUAUUCCGUGUUCGGCUCUGAUUCCAAAUCCGGUGCUGAUUUCAAAUUCAGAUCGGAUCGCGAAUUCGGUUCUAAUUCAGAUUUUGAUUCUGAUUCCAAGUCCGGCUCUUAUCUUAAAUCCUCUUAUGAUUUCAAGUCCAGAUCGGAUCAAAAAUACGGUUUCUAUUCCAAAUCAGGCUCUGAUCCUAAAUCCGGUUCCAAAUCAGAUUGUGAUUUAGAUUUUGAUUCCCCCUCCGAUCAAAAAUCCAGUUCUGAUUUAGAGUCCGGUUUUAAUCAUAUAUCUGGUUCCGAUUAUGAUUUUGAUUCUGAUUUCAAGUCCGCAUCAUAUCUUAAAUCCGAUUUUGAUUCUGAUUCCGAGUUCGGCUCUGAUCCCAAAUCCGGUCCUGAUUUCAAGUCCAGAUCGGAUCGCAAAUUCGGUUCUGAGUCAGAUUUUGAUUAUGAUUCCAAGUCCGGAUUUUAUUUUAAAUCCUGUUAUGAUUUCAUGUCCAGAUCGGAUCACAAAUAUUGUUUCGAUUCCGAAUCUUGCUCUGAUCCCAAAUUCGGUUCCUACUCAUAUUGUGAUUUAGAUUCUGACUCCCCCUCCGAUCAUAAAUCCGAUCGGAUCCCAAUCCGAUCGGAUCACAAAUACGGUUUAUAUUCCGAAUCCGGCUCUGAUCCCAAAUCCGGUUCCAAAUCAGAUUGUGAUUUAGAUUCUGAGCCCCCCUUUGAUCAUAAAUUUGUUUCCGAUUUAGAGUUCGGCUUUAAUCAUAUAUCCGGUUCCGAGUCAGAUUUUGAUUCUGAUUCCAAGCCCGGUUUAUCUUAA